AUGGAGCCUCGGAGCCACCACCCGCCUUCUCAGGAGGUGCGGGCCGAGUCGGCGCUGGGGCGCCGAGGCGUCCUCCUGAGCAUGGACGGCGAGUUGGCUGUGGAGCUGGCGGCCCACUUGACGGUGCAGGUGGUCCCCAUCGCCGUGUGCCUCCUUCUGGCGAAGAGGCGAUGGCCCCGGCACAAGGACCCGUGGAUGCUGGCCGACACGCUGACAUCAUUGGUGGUCUUCCCUGUUCUCACGGCGGCAGCUGUCAGAGGCGUGCUAGACCUGCGCCACACGCCGACCUCUCGUUGGACAGGCCCGACAGCCCGUGGGCUCGUCGUCGUCGUCGGCGUCGUCGCUGAGGUUCGAGGUUGUCUGGACGGUUUCGUUUCAUUUGGAGGGAAGAUAGCCAGCCAGGGUCGCCGGUGGAGUCUCUCAGACAGCUGCAGCAGCGCAGCAGCAGGACUUGUGCUCGUAGUGCCAGGGGCAGGGUGGUCCGCUGGGACAACGGGUGGGCCAAUCAGUUCGACCCGGACGGCUCCAGAGAUCGCCAGCUCCUGCGUUCUCUCGCUCCCUCUCUCUCUGUCUCCGCCUCCCGUCUUGCCUUGGCGGCAAAGAUAA